ACCAUUGUUGAGGAUAUCAACUAGAGUACAGCCUUGUUCAUUCCUGCCCUACAGCACUAGACAUUUUGCCUGGACUUGCCAUCUCUUAGAAGUCCUAUGGGGAUGGGGACGUGUUUGGAUAUAGGAUGCACUUACUGCGGCCGCACUAAGGAGCAGUCUUGGCCCCUGACGUGGUGGCUGUUGGUCAUGAUGUCCAUCUCCCUAGUAAUGGGACAAGGUCAUUCCGUCAACACUUUCCAGUCAGAGAGGAGAGAGUGGACCCUGAACCACCUGACAGUGCACAAGACCACUGGUGUUCUCUAUGUUGGUGCUGUGAACCGGAUCUACAAGCUGUCUGCCAACCUGACACUUCUGGUCUCCCACGACACAGGUCCUGAGUACGACAACAAUGCCUGCUACCCUCCUCUUAUAGUGCAGCCCUGCUCAGAGCCCUUGGCAUCCACUGACAACAUUAACAAACUGCUGCUCAUAGACUACUCCCACAACCGCCUGCUGGCCUGUGGCAGCCUCUACCAGGGAGUCUGCAAGCUGAUGCGACAGGACGACCUUUUUAUCCUGGUAGAGCCCACCCACAAGAAAGAGCAUUACCUCUCCAGUGUCAACCAGACAGGCACCAUGUAUGGUGUCAUCGUGCCCUCCUCGCAGGGCCAGGACGGCACCCUGUUCAUUGGCACAGCUGUGGGUGGGAAGCAGGACUAUUUCCCCACCAUCUCCAGCCGUAAACUGCCCCGCGACCCAGAGUCCUCUGCCAUGCUGGACUACGAGCUCCACACAGACUUUGUCUCCUCUCUCAUUAAGAUCCCCUCUGACACGCUAGCUCUGGUCCCGCGCUUUGACAUCUACUACAUCUACGGCUUCGCCAGCGGGAAGUUUGUCUACUUCCUGACCGUGCAGCCAGAGACCCCAGAGAAUGGGAUGCCAGCUGGCAGUUCCCCUGGUGACCUGUUCUACACAACCCGCAUCAUACGCCUCUGCAAAGGGGACACAAAGUUCCACUCUUAUGUGUCUUUGCCUGUGGGCUGUGUACAUAAGGGAGAGGAGUAUCGCCUCCUACAGGCUGCCCACCUGUCUAAGGCAGGGAAGGUAUUGGCCAGGUCCUUGAACAUCAGUGCCCAGGAUGACAUCCUCUUUGCUGUGUUCACCAAGGGUCAGAAGCAGUACCACAAGCCUCUGGACAACUCCGCCCUGUGCAUCUUUACCAUCCGAGAUGUCAACACCCGCAUUAAAGAGCGCCUGCAGUCCUGCUACCAGGGAGAGGGCAACCUGGAAUUGCACUGGCUGCUGGGAAAGGACGUGCAGUGCACCAAGGCGCCUGUGCCUAUCGAUGAUCACUUCUGUGGGCUGGAUAUCAACCAGCCCCUUGGGGGCUCCCAGCUGGUAGCUGGCCUGACGGUGUAUACUGAGACCAGAGACAGGCUGACCUCUAUCAUCUCCUACGUCUAUAAUGGCUACAGCGUGGCCUUUAUCGGAACCAGGAGUGGCAGACUGAAGAAGGUCCGAGUGGAUGGGUCUCCUGAGGGUGGGGGGCAGUAUGAGACCCUGACCGUGAUGACAGAAGGUGGUCCUAUCCUCCGAGACAUGGCCUUCUCUCUGGACCGCAACUCUCUCUACAUCAUGUCUGACAAUCAGGUGACCCAGGUCCCAGUGGAGGCCUGUGAGCAGUAUGGGACCUGCGGAGAGUGUCUGAGCUCUGAGGAUCCUCACUGCGGCUGGUGUGUCCUGCUCAACAUGUGUGCCAGAAGAGACCAAUGCCAGAGAGCAGAGGAGCCCUUCCGGUUCGCCACUGAUAUCGAACGUUGUGUGAAAGUUAUCGCUCACCCAGACAGCAUUGCUGUGUCAGCACACAGUGUGCCUCUCCUGCUGGAGGUGAGCAAUGUACCUGACCUCUCAACUGGGAUCACCUGUUUAUUUGGAGAGCAGACCGAGGUGGAGGGCCAUGUCAAUGGCAACAGAGUCAUGUGCCUGUCCCCAUCUGCCAAAGAGGUCCCACACAUACCUGAAGGACAAGACUGGUUGGGUGUUGCGCUGCGUCUGAACUCUAAGGAGACAGGUCAAAUGCUGGGCAGUACAGAGGUCAAGUUCUAUAACUGCAGCGUGCAUCACACGUGUCUGUCCUGUGUGAACAGUACCUUCCGCUGCCACUGGUGUAAAUAUCGCAACCUGUGUACCCACAAUCCUUUCAGCUGCUCCUUUCAGGAGGGCCGGGUCAACGCCUCAGAGGACUGCCCCCAGCUGCUGCACUCUGGGGAGAUCCUGAUCCCAGCAGGGGAGGUGAGACCCAUCACCCUGAGGGCCCGGAACCUUCCACAGCCCCAGUCUGGCCAGCGGGGGUACGAGUGUGUGCUCCACGUCCAGGGAACCAACCACCGUGUCACCGCCCUGCGCUUCAACAGCUCCAGUGUGCAGUGUCAGAACAGCUCGUACAUAUAUGAGGGUGUGAGGAUCAGUGACCUGGCAGUGGACCUCUCCAUCAUUUGGAAUGGCAAUUUCAUCAUCGACAAUCCAGAUAAGAUUAAAGUGCACCUGUAUAAGUGUGGUGCCCAGCGGGACAGCUGUGGCAUGUGUCUGCGGGCUGAGAGGAAGUUCCAGUGUGGCUGGUGCAGUGGAGAAGGCCGUUGCACCAUGAGGCAGCACUGCCUGCCCAUCAGCCCACACGCCAGCCGCUGGCUCGACGUGUCCACCAGGAACGUUAAGUGUACCAACCCACGAAUAACUGAGGUGAGCCCAGUGGCAGGGCCUCCAGAGGGGGGAACACUGGUCACCAUCCAGGGCCUGAACUUGGGCCUGUCCUUCUCUGAGCUGGUGGGCAAUGUGGAGGUGGCAGGGGUUCAGUGUACCCCACAGGAAGAGGGCUACAUCACUGCAGAACAGAUUGUGUGUAAAAUGGCCUCUACGUCUCAGGGAAGUGCACCUGGUCCAGUCCAGCUGUGUGUUGGUGAAUGUAGACCAGAACUACAAACUCAGUCUUCCCAGCUCUACUCCUUUGAGACCCCUACCAUGGUGGGACUGACCCCUGGCCGAGGGCCUGAGUCUGGGGGCACUAAGGUCACCAUCGUGGGGGAGAACUUGGGUGCUGGGAGCAGUGUGAACGUUACCUUUGGAAACCAGACUUGUGAGCUAUACAGGCGGACCAUGUCGGAGAUCGUGUGUUUCUCGGCACCCUCUGUGACGGGCGCCACCCUGGUGCAGGUCAGUCUCAGUGUAGAUCUGGCCAUGGUGCCAGGAAGCCUGGGCUUUGAGUACAUCGAGGAUCCCACAGUCCAGCGCAUCGAGCCAGAGUGGAGCAUCACUAGUGGACACACUACCCUGAUGGUGACCGGGACCAACCUGGAUGUGGUGCAGGAGCCGAGGGUCAGGGUCAAGUACGCCGGCCACGAGUCUGUCAAUGUGUGUAAGGUGCUCAACACCACCACGAUAAUCUGCUUCGCUCCCUCCCUGAAGGCAGAGUACACACCGGAGCAGGAGUCAGUGAAACACGUGGAAGAGUUUGGUUUUGUUUUCAACAAUGUGCAGGCCCUGCUCACCUACAACAGUACAAGCUUCAUCUACUACCCCAACCCUUACCUGGAGCCCCUCAGCUUGUCUGGGGUGCUGGAGCAGAAACCUGGCUCCCCCAUCAUACUCAAGGGGCGCAACCUGGUGCCCUCAGUAUCUGGAGGGGCCAGGCUGAACUACACUGUGCUGAUCGGGGACACACCCUGCUCCCUCACCGUCUCUGACACACAGCUCCUCUGUGAGCCCCCAAACCUCACAGGCCAGCACAAAGUCCUGGUCCAGGUGGGUGGUCUCCACAUCUCUCCUGGUGCAGUCCACAUCCGCUCAGACAGCCUGCUCACCCUCCCCGCCAUCUUCAGCAUCACGGCUGGAGGAGGCCUGCUGCUCAUCAUCGUCUUCAUUGUCCUCUUGGCCUACAGACGAAAGUCGCACGAGAAUGACCUCACUCUCAAACGCCUGCAGAUGCAGAUGGACACCCUGGAGUCUCGGGUGGCUUUGGAGUGCAAGGAAGCGUUCGCUGAGCUGCAGACUGACAUCAACGAGCUGACCAGUGACCUGGACAGGGCUGGGAUCCCCCACCUGGACUACCGCACCUAUACCAUGAGGGUCCUCUUCCCUGGCAUUGAUGACCAUCCUGUACUCAGGGAGCUGGAGGUGUCUGGAAGCGGGCAGCAGGGUAUGGAGAAGGCCCUGAAGCAGUUUGCCCAGCUGGUGAAUAACAAGGUGUUCCUGCUGACCUUUAUCCGUACUCUGGAGCUCCAGCGUUCCUUCUCCAUGCGUGACCGCGGCUACGUGGCCUCGCUCAUCAUGACUGCGCUGCAGGGACGUCUGGAGUACGCCACCGACGUGCUCAAACACCUCCUCUCUGACCUCAUCGAGCGCAACCUGGAGAGCAAGAACCACCCCAAACUACUGCUGCGCAGAACUGAGUCAGUUGCAGAGAAGAUGCUGACAAAUUGGUUUGCCUUCCUACUUCACAAAUUCCUUAAGGAAUGUGCAGGUGAGCCUCUCUUCAUGCUGUACUGUGCCAUCAAGCAGCAGAUGGAGAAGGGACCUAUAGACUGCAUCACCGGGGAGGCGCGCUACUCCCUCAGUGAAGACAAACUCAUCCGCCAACAGAUUGAAUACAAGACCCUGACUCUGAGCUGUGUAAACCCAGACAAUGAGAACAGCCCUGAGAUCCCUGUCAAGGCGCUCAAUUGUGACACCAUCACCCAGGUGAAGGAGAAGAUCCUGGAUGCUGUCUGUAGGAACAUGCACUUCUCCCAGAGGCCCCGCGCUGCAGACAUGGACCUCGAAUGGCGCCAGGGGAGGACGGCACGUGUGGUCCUGCAGGAUGAAGACAUCACCACUAAGAUUGAAGGCGAUUGGAAAAGACUCAACACCCUCAUGCACUACCAGGUGUCAGACCGCUGUGUGGUGGCCCUGGUGCCCAAGCAGAUGUCCUCUUACAACCUGCCCUCCUCAGCCAGCUUCCCACGCAGCAUUAGCCGAUACGAUGUACCGUUCCGCUCCAACCCCACCAGCCCUGACAGCCCUCACUCCCGUAUGCCCAUGCUCACCCCGGACAUGGAGAGCGGGGUGAAGGUGUGGCACCUGGUCAAGAACCACGACCACGGGGACCAGAAGGAGGGCGAACGCGGCUCCAAGAUGGUGUCAGAGAUCUACCUGACCAGGCUACUGGCUACUAAGGGUACGCUGCAGAAGUUUGUCGAUGACCUGUUUGAGACGUUGUUCAGCACCGUCUGCUGGGGUAGUGCUCUGCCACUCGCCAUCAAGUACAUGUUUGACUUCCUGGACGAGCAGGCUGACAAGCACGGCAUCCAUGACAUGGACGUUCGCCACACAUGGAAAAGCAACUGCCUGCCUCUGCGCUUCUGGGUGAAUGUGAUCAAGAACCCUCAGUUUGUGUUUGACAUCCACAAGAGCAGCAUCACAGAUGCCUGUCUGUCUGUUGUGGCGCAGACCUUCAUGGACUCCUGCUCUACCUCAGAGCAUCGCCUGGGCAAGGACUCACCCUCCACCAAGCUACUCUAUGCCAAGGACAUCCCCCACUACAAGAGCUGGGUAGAGAGGUACUACGCAGACAUUAACCGCUUGCCUGCCAUCAGCGACCAGGACAUGAAUGCCUACCUGGCCGAGCAGGCCCGCCUUCACUCCCAUGAGUUCAAUGUGCUCAGUGCCCUUCACGAGAUCUACGCCUACGUCAGCAAGUACAGCCAAGAGAUCAUUGAGGCCCUGGAGCAGGAUGAGCAGGCCCAGAAGCAGCGGCUGGGCUACAAGGUGGAGCAGAUCAUCGCAGCCAUGUCUGUGGAGAGCUGAGACAGACAUACAGAUGUGUGUACUCAGAGACACACUGCCAUGACAAGGCCCAGGACACAGGCCACAAACUGUCAGCAGAGCAAGCACACCCAAAAGCCGCAGGUAAAGUAAAAGGGAACUGCAGAAUAAUUCCGCCUGAGUGCUCAACAAGGGAAGAACAUGGAUAGACAAGCAAAUUCACCAAGUACUGCUGUUCUCUUUCUGUUGGCUGCAAUGAGACCACAUGUGGAGGCAAAGACAAAAUAACUUUCUGUUUUUACUUCAAAAACAAAAUACAUUUAUGUAAGUAUGAACUAAUGACAUACAUAUCAUAGCCUUGGCCUUGGACUGGCAUUUCCACUUCAGUGGACAAGUCUAAUAAGCCUUUAUGAAAGCGUAUGAAGGCUCUAUGAAAGCGUAUGAAGGCUCUAUGAAAGCGUAUGAAGGCUCUAUGAAAGCGUAUGAAGGCUCUAUGAAAGUUAGAAUUUACUCUGAGAUUGGGUGGCAGUAAAAUGUUAUCCUGAAUCUCCAUGUCAUCCAAGGUAGCAUCAUUUUUUUUGGGGGGGGGUG